AUGAACCGUGAGAACCAUACUUUGAGACUACCGGCCGCGACGAGCUCAAGGUCAUCACGUAUCCGAAGAAGUGCUAUCCGUUCUGCCUUUAGCCUGCCAAGCCUAGUUUCUGAGACUAGCCCAGCCAUGCCAUGCUUGUUGCUGCAUCCCAUCCGGCCACCUCGAUGGUCGACCACCACCACCACCACUACAGUUACCACACACCCCCCAAGAUGCUUGCCGUAUCCCACCCUUUGCUGGAAGCCUCCAAUUGCACGACCUGGUCGGCUGAUCGCAAAACCGAAUAGGUUCCCCUCUCCCAAGAGCCAAGCCGUUCCUCUGCCGCCCCCGGCGGUCCAGCACCAUCGGGCUGCCCUCUCCGUCCCUUCUGAAUGGCGGAAAAAUCUCAUGGACAAUUCACCGUCCGUCUUGGUACUCGUUGAGGCUCGGUUUUCUGGGGUUUUGAAGCACAGAUGA